AUGUCAGCUGUUGAUGUGAUUAAAGCACCAGAGCACGAAUUGAGCUGGUUUGACCCGCGCGUUUCUGCAGUCAUGUGCAUAUUUGUGCUACUAAAUGUUGCAUCAUGGGGGAUCUUACUGCUUCUGAGAGCUGAAUGUGUGCUGGCUGAAGCUGCAUCUGAGCCAGUUCCCUUACGCUGCAGAUUGGGUUUCAAACCCUGUAAUGAUGGAUCAGAGUGUGUGCUGUACAGUCAUGUGUGUGACGGGGAGAACGACUGUCCUGAUGGCUCUGAUGAAGAUGAGUGUGCCUCUGUCUGCAGCGUAGGUCAGUUUCAGUGUGCACAUGGUAAGAAGUGUAUUGAGCGAAGGCAGUUUUGUGACGGAGUGGCUCAGUGUCAGGAUCGCUCUGAUGAAGUGGACUGCUUCAAGUCAGAAGAGGGCUGUGCUCAUCGCUGUGAUGAAAACCGCUGCAUCCCAGAAUCCUUCAUCUGUGAUGGAGAUGCAGACUGUGCGGACGGCAGCGAUGAGGACAACUGUGAUGUUAACCCUGAUGAUGGUGAUGAAGAUAGUGAAGAGGAGAAGAGAGAGGAUAUCUCAGAGGACAGUUCUGUAACUAAAGGACCUCUGCGCUGUUCUCUUGGCUCCAAGUUAUGCAGAGAUGGAACUGACUGUGUUCUGUACAAUCACUUGUGUGACGGAGAGCAGGACUGUAAGGAUGGAUCCGAUGAGGAUGAAUGUUCUGUCGAGUGUGAACCCAGUCAGUUUCAGUGUGCACAUGGUAAGAAGUGUAUUGAGCGAAGGCAGUUUUGUGACGGUGUGGCUCAGUGUCAGGAUCGCUCUGAUGAAGUGGACUGCUUCAAGUCAGAGGAGGGCUGUGCUCAUCGCUGUGACAAAAAACGUUGCAUCCCAGAAUCCUUCAUCUGUGAUGGAGAAGCAGACUGUGCUGACGGCAGCGAUGAGGACAACUGUGAUGCGGAGAGCUGCAGCAGUGCAGAAUGGCGUUGCAGCAGUGGUCAGUGCGUUUCCGCCAGCAUGCGCUGCGAUGGUCUCGCAGACUGCAGAGAUCAUUCAGAUGAGGAGGACUGUGCUGAACCCCCACCCUGCAGCACGCAACGCCACUGUCCGCAAAGCCACGAGUGUCUGAUAGAGGAGUGGAUAUGUGAUGGAGAGACUGACUGCAAAGAUGGAACUGAUGAGAAAAACUGUAAGGAGUCUCCUGUGCAGUGCGGUGAGUUCCAGUGGCAGUGCUCCUCAAAGACUUUGUGUGUUCCACAAGCCUGGCGCUGUGAUGGCACUGAAGACUGCAAGGAAGGAAGCGAUGAGUCUGGCUGCCCACGUGUGUCCUGUCCUCCUCAUCAGUUCCAGUGUGGGAGUUCUGAGUGUGUGGAUCUGUCUCAGCUCUGUAAUGGAGUCACUAACUGUCUGGACGGUUCUGAUGAGGGUGGAGCCUGUCAGAUAGAUAAAUGUUCUGAAAAGUCAAAGUGUGCACAGGAUUGCCACAGCACACCUACAGGGACACACUGUUGGUGCAGGAUUGGCUACAAGCCUGUAGAUGACGGUCUAGUGUGUGUUGAUGUUGAUGAGUGUUUGGACAGUCCAGCCAUCUGUUCACACUACUGUAACAACACUCAAGGCUCAUAUGAGUGCUCUUGUAGCCACGGUUAUGUGCUGGAACCCGAUGGCCGCUCCUGCAAAAUUACAGGUGAGCCAUACCUGCUGGCAUCUGUGCAAUCUGAGGUCUUCCUGCUGGGCCUGAGGAGCUCCAGUAUGGACGUUCUUGUCUCGGCAGAGAAACAGUUUGUCCUCUCACUUGACUAUGACUGGCAGAAAGAGAGAGUGUACUGGAUCAACCUCAACACUGACAACAUAAAAUGGCUGUCACUGGAUCAGAAAAGCAAAGGAACCAUCAUUAAAGGUAUAAAUGCAGACAGCCUGGCUGUAGACUGGGUGGCGAAGAACCUCUACUGGGCUGAUAGUGUGAACAGCCAGAUCAAUGCUGUAGGACUGGACAGCAAUACAACCAAAACUGUAGAUCAUGUGGUGAUUCUGGACAAAGACCUGGGACAGCUUCGUUCCUUGGCUCUGCUGCCACAAAAAGGUCUAAUGUUCUGGUCAGAAACAGGGGAUGAUGCUCAGAUAGAAUGUGCAGGAAUGGAUGGAUCAGACAGACGAGUGUUGGUCAGUCAGUCUCUCCGCUGGCCGGUCAGUCUGACCGUGGACUCCAUUCAUAACAGAAUCUACUGGACAGAUGAGAAACUCAAGUGCAUUGGAUCUGCCAAUCUUGAUGGAGGAGACAUUAAGAUCUUGCAGCUGAUGGAGACUCCCAGUCCAUUCUCAGUAUCUGUAUUCAAUGAUAUGGUGUACUGGUCUGACACCAAAAGAGGAACUAUUCAAAGAGCUCACAAAAUGACUGGCAAAAAGCACCAGGUCCUGCUAAAGCGUCCUGGACAGCCAUUUGGUUUGAAAGUUAUUCACCCUCUGUUGCAAGUGAAUGUCUCUAACCCCUGUGCAUCCAAGCGCUGCUCUCACCUGUGUGUUUUAGCACCAGGGCUGAAGGGUGUCUGCAAGUGUCCAUCUCGGCUUCUGUUGGAUGAAGAUGAACUCGCCUGCUCAAAACCCAAAGACUCAUCCUUUCUACUGUUUCUCUCUCCUACUGCCAUCACACAGAUAUAUUUGCAGAACAGACACAGUGGCACUGGCUUACAACAAUGGCCUGAACACCGCCAAUUCGCCCUCCCAAACAUGAUCAAGCCAGCAAUGUUUGACUUGGUGCUGCGUGACCUCACCUUGUAUGUGUCCGAUGCCAGCCAGCCCAUUUUGGGGCUGUUCAAGAUGAAGGACACUGUGUUGGUGCCUGGUGAGAAGCUGCUCAGACUACAUAAGGACUCUAUGAGUGCGUUUUCAGUGGACUGGAUCACCCUAAAUGUAUAUUGGAGCAGCGAGAAGCUGCCUGGCCUGCAGGUCACCUCGUCAGAUGGCAAGCACACUAGUGUGUUAAUCCAAGAUGGUGUUGGAGCUAUUGAAUCUAUUGCUUUGCACCCGCUCAGUGGACGCCUCUGCUUUUCAAACAAAGUCCAGGAAGCCCAAAUGACCAGGGUAGAGUGUGCACACAUGAAUGGGCAGAAUAGGACAGUGGUGUGGAGUAACUCGGUCCGACCAACUUCACUGCUCUUGACCGAUGAAGGAAAUAAACUCAACUGGGCUGACACAGGUCUUGCAGUUAUUGCUUCGGUUGGCAUAGAUGGUUCUGGAUACAAAGAAAUUAAGACAGAGGAAGGCUUGAGGGUUUUUGCCUUGGUUAACAAAGUGCUUAUCUGGAUUACAAAAAGGGAUUCCACUAAGUGUUGGUUCAGUGAUGAUCAGCAGAUGGGGAAACUGUGGUUUGAACUAAACACAGAGGUCGUCAGUCUGAAAGCGUUCACUAAGUCGAGGCAAAAAGGCACUAACCUCUGUUCAAAUGCUAACGGAGGCUGCAGCCAUCUCUGUCUAGCGGCCCCUGGAGGAAUGACGUGCCAUUGUGGCCAUGAUCAUCGCCUGGUUAACGGCAAAGAUUGCACGUCAGAUCCCCGCUGCCCUGAAGGCAAAAGACCUUGCUUGAGUGAAGACAUCUGUUUACCCCUGAAGCAGUUCUGCAAUGGUGUCGCAGAGUGCCCUGAUCAUUCGGAUGAGAACUGUCUCCAAGAUGCACAAGAUACAAACAUUCGGGUCAGACCCAAAGCGUUUGCUCCAGGCUUGAGCGAGAAUGUCAUACGAGAGAACGUGGAGUCUGAGGCAUGUGCCGUAAACCUCUGUAACGGGAACGGAAAAUGCGUGACUGAGAAUGGAGAGACAGUGUGUGUGUGUGAGGUGGGUUAUGGUGGAGAACAUUGCCAGGAACCGCUGGGUGGGCUUACACAGGGACCUGUUGUGUAUGGAGCAGUUGGAAUGUGUACCGCUGUAGUUGUUCUGGGGGUAACCAUUGGAAUAAUUCAGAAGACAAAAGCAGCAAAUCAGAGGAGGCAAGCAGCACAGGGUGUGGUUGCUCAGGAAACUGGUAUGAAGGAAAUUGAGAGAAGACAUGAGCCAUCUUCUGCAAAACCAAACGGGAAAGACACCGAGUGCUCAGAGGAUAAUGGGGCAACAUCUGUGGACUAGCUUCAUCACCAUGCUGACUGUAGCAUCUUGGUUUCUAUGAAAGUCACGUUGCAUUUUGAAAACUCAACUUAAAUUCACAGUCUAGUUUCUCCAAUUAACUUAGCAACCUGUAAUCAUAACUAAAUGUUUAAUAACUAUCCUUCUCUGAGGACUUUGAACUUACCUUGUUAAU